CAGCUGCCCAAGAUUAGAUUAGUUAACGUUACAGAGUCAGUAAUUACUAGUGGUAACGUAUAAUGUUAGAUACGAUAAAAGACUUCAUCGAUAAUAGAUUUAUUCGUACAGUUAAACAAGAAAAUAGUCAAGGAAACAAUAAUGGGUUUCCGAAGGAAGGUUUACAGUUUCGUGGCAGGAGUACCAAUUGCAACGGAGAUGGUUUUAUCGACGGCGAAGGGGGUGGCGUUGAAGAGUCAGCCACAGCAGGGCCAGACAAGCUGGAGGGAUCCGGCUCAACUGAGAAUGACACUCUUCACCUCAAGAGACGGGUGGGACUCAUCAGUGGGGUGGCUUUAAUUGUCGGAACCAUGAUAGGGUCCGGAAUCUUCGUGUCCCCGUCGGGGCUACUCGAAAGAACCGGAUCAGUUGGUAUGAGUUUCGUCAUAUGGAUGGCUUGUGGAUUUUUAUCCUUACUAGGUGCCCUGGCAUAUGCUGAAUUGGGUACCAUGAACACAUCAUCUGGUGCCGAGUACGCCUAUUUCAUGGACGCAUUUGGAGCACCUCCCGCCUUUUUGUUCUCAUGGGCAAGCACUUUAGUGUUAAAACCGUCACAAAUGGCAAUUAUUUGUCUUAGCUUUGGAAAGUAUGCUGUUGAAGCAUUCGUCAACGAAUGUGAGCCCCCAGAUAUAGUUGUGAAAAUGGUGGCUCUUUUGGCAUUAGUGGUGAUACUAUACAUAAACUGCUACAGUGUUAACUUGGCAACGAGCGUUCAAAAUAUAUUCACGGCAGCCAAAUUGGUGGCAGUACUUCUGGUUAUAGUUGGUGGAAUAUAUAAAAUGUGCGAAGGAAACAUCCAACACCUCCAAUACCCAUUCCAAAACACAAAGUUUUCGAUUGGAAACAUCGCUACCGCCUUUUACACCGGAUUGUGGGCUUACGACGGUUGGAAUAACCUGAACUACGUGACCGAAGAAAUUAAAAAUCCAUCCAAAAAUUUACCACGAAGCAUAAUUAUAGGCAUACCGCUAGUAACAGUAUGCUAUGCCUUAAUAAAUAUUUCCUACUUAACGGUAAUGUCGCCGUUGGAAAUGACUAACUCUGAAGCAGUGGCUGUGACUUUUGGCAAUCGUCUUUUGGGUGUAAUGGCUUGGCUCAUGCCCCUUUCGGUUACAAUCUCCACGUUUGGCUCGGCAAAUGGAACAUUAUUCGCCGCUGGACGGUUAUGUUUCGCUGCCAGUCGCGAGGGACACAUGCUGGAUAUCCUGUCGUACGUGCACGUUCGCCGAUACACUCCGGCACCAGGACUCAUUUUCCACUCAUUGAUCGCGGGGGCGAUGGUUUUGUACGGUACAAUAGACUCCCUCAUCGAUUUCUUCAGCUUCACCGCGUGGAUAUUCUACGGAGGAUCCAUGGUCGCCCUUAUGGUAAUGCGGUACACCAAACCCAACUAUCCACGACCUUAUAAGGUGCCGAUCAUCAUUCCACUGCUAGUCUUCGUGGUCUCCAUCUACCUGAUUAUCGGGCCUAUCAUCGACCAGCCUACCAUCGAGUACCUAUACGCCGCGAUGUUCAUACUGGGCGGAAUGGUUUUCUACGUACCGUUUGUGCACUACAAAGUGCGCAUUCCAUUAAUGGGCAUCAGUAAUCACUUCAUUCAUGAGGUGAAUGGGCAAACAUUCUUCCGAAAAUACUCAUUUUGGAUAGAAGAUGGAUUUAGAUGGGCUGACCGUCUUCUUGCAAAUGUUACUGGAAGUGGCUCCCACCCAACACAUGAUCGAGUAAUUAGUGUCUUUAGUAUAAUGAUACGUAGAUUAAAUAUACUUUUAUGACAUUUAAACACACAGUACUGUAUCUACUACACGAAAAGCAUUGUAGUUUCUGCUGUAUGUUAGACAAACUGUUGCCAAAUCUUUUUAGAAAAAAAACAUGGUAGAUUUCAUUGUUUAUCCAAAUGAUUUUAAUUACACCAAGGGUCAUUGCAUGUACCUAUGAUCGGUGAUUACGAAAUACUGUGUCGUCAGUUGGACAGGGAACUUGAUCAUUCCUUGCUUAAUGCGCUGAUAGAAAACAAAUAAUUUUAUAUGAAUUUUGUAACUUUAUAUUAAUAAGCCAAAAAAACAUACACUCAACCCGUUUUUUUUAUUAAAAUAUUAUUUUUGUAUCGUAUCCCUAGUUCUGUUCACAUUUUAGUGUUUUAUAACGUUACUUCAAUCAGUAUUAUUUACACAAGGUUGUGAAUGGAAUUUAAUACUUACCUACAACUUGGUACCUGUUUAUUGUUAAAAACGUAAAUUAUAUAGGUACAUAUCGUUGUUUAAUAAUAUAAGCAGGUUUAGAUUCAAAAAAUGUAUAAUGUCUAUAUUAUAGAUAUAUACGCAAUGGCAACAUUUGUUGUUAAAUAAUACCAUUAAGUAUAUUUUUAAUUUGUUAUAAAUUUAUGAUGGCUUAUUUUUUAUAAAAUACUUAAAAAAAUGUCUAUAUUAGGUAUCACUGUGGACUUA